AUGGCAGAUGAUGCAGUCGUUGUGGAGGAAGGGAUCAACCCUGCUCAGAGCCCCUUAGUGGCCAUCAGCUUCCAGAGGGACGUCCACAGGAAGCAGAAGUACCUGGAGGCCGAGCCCAAAGCUCUCGGGAUAACCCAGAUCGGCCUGAGUGCGUACGGCAUCAUCUGCAUCGGGAUGUUUCAGGCCAAAGGGCUGAGUAGCCUGAGCACUGACAUACCCUUCUUCAUUUCAUCUCUGCUGGUGAUAAUAGCUGGGAACGUGGCCGUAGCAGCGCAGAACCUUCAUCUGCCCACGUUGAGGGCCUGUUUGGGGAUGCAGAUUGUGUCAUGUGGGGCCUCCAUCUUCAACAUAAUCUGCACAUUGAUUAAAAUGGAGGACAUGCCCUAUUACUGCUGGCAAUAUUACUACAAUGAAAACAACGCACAAAAUUAUGGUGAAAUCUGCCAUCAAAUUGAGAACUUCCAGUCCCACUUUUUUGCUGGUGGCGUGGUCAUCCAGGUGACUCUGCUGGCCAUCUCGGCCACUCUGGCUGCCUACAGUUGCAAAGUGGUCAACUGCUGUGGACCAGCUCCCAAAAUUCCAGUGAUCGCUGUCCAAACCCCCCCGGUGAGGGGGGAGGAGGUCCAGAGGAACACACAAGAAUGA